UUUCUUCCUUCUAGGUUGAGGCUCGAGCGCGGAUAAUUCUCCCCAGUAAGGAGAGAAAAUUCAACAACACGUCCACAGAAAGGAAGAAAUAAACAAGAAAACGAAAACAAAAGAGAGAGAGAGAGAGAGAGAGAGAGAGAGAGAGAGAGAGAGAGAGAGAGAGACAGAGAGAGAGAGAGAGAGAAAGAGCGAAAGCAAGCCACCAGAAGCAGGAGAUAACGCGAGGAGAAUCGAAGGACGCCGGACCCAAGGGCGAUGGACGGCUCGAGCAGAGGGACGGGCGUGACGUGGCUGGCGACGGCGUGGGCGCUUCUGGUGGCGCUAGCGGGACAGCCUGCCCUCGCCCAGGUGUACCCCGUGCCCAAGCCCGAAGACACGGCCCACUGGCACCAAUUGGCCGCUAAUGAUUUGCAAGAUGCCAUGUUUGCUGCCACCAUGCACGACUGGAGCAUUGCCAAGAACGUGGUGAUGUUCGUGGGCGACGGGAUGGGCAUCACGCCCACGGUGGCCGGCAGGAUCUACAAGGGGCAGCGGCGCGAGGGCUCGGCGGGCGAGGAGGGCUACCUGGCGUGGGAGCGAUUCCCCAACAUGGGCCUCAUGAAGACGUACGUGCUCAACAAGCAGGUGCCCGACAGUGCCGCCACCGCCACCGCUUACCUGACGGGGGCGAAGGCGAACAUGUACACUUUGGGAGUCGACCACACCGUCACGAAGGACCAGUGCUUGGCUUCCCUCGACCCGGCCACCUGGAGGAACUCCGUGCUCAAGUGGGCUCAGGACGCCGGCAAAAACACGGGCUUCGUGACGACCACCCGCCUGACGCACGCCACGCCCGCGGCCCUUUACGCCCACACCGCCAACAGAGACUGGGAGUGCGACGCCAAGCUAGGGAGCCUCGGACACGGCUGCAGGGACAUCGCCAAGCAGUUCGUCGAGGACACGCCAGGGAGGGACAUCAAUGUGGCUCUCGCGGGUGGGCGGCUCGUGAUGGGCGCGAGUGUGGGCGUGAAGACGGAGCACAACUGCCUGCGGGGCGACGGGCGGAACCUGACGCAGGAGUGGCUGAGGGCUAAGCGCGCCCACGGACACACCGCCCGCUACGUCACCAACACGCAGGACCUCCAGAGCACCGACUACGCGUCCACGGACUAUCUCUUGGGCCUCUUCGCCGACGACCACAUGGACUACGAGGCGGACCGCGACCGAGGGCCCCUUGGCCAACCCAGCCUGGCCAACAUGACUCGCGCCGCCAUCAAGAUGCUGGCCAAAAACGUGCACAAGGGAUUCUUCUUACUGGUCGAGGGCGGGAGGAUCGACCACGGCCUCCACGACACGCAGCCCCGCCGAGCCCUGGAGGACGUGCUGGCUCUGGACGACGCCGUGGCCGACGCCCUCAGCAUCCUCGACCUCGACAACACCCUCAUCCUCGUCACCGCCGACCACUCGCACGUCAUGACCAUCAACGGCUACGCUCAGCGGGGCAAUGACAUCUUGGGCAUGAGCGAUGAGCCGUCUGACAUCGACCAGAUGACCUACACAACCCUCAUGUUUACCAACGGCCCCGCUUACAACUACACUUGGAAUGGUGUCAACGUGACCCGACCCGACCCCAAGACGCAAAACACUACAGAAUUAGGUUACAAGCCCCUCGCUGCCGUCCCACUGAGUUAUGAGACCCACAGUGGUGAAGAUGUAGCUGCUUAUGCCAUAGGCCCAAUGUCUCACCUGCUGCACCGCGUCCACGAGCAGAGUUACCUGGCCCACGUGAUGGGUUUCGCCUCUUGCAUUGGCCCCUACAAGGAUAACUGCGAGAGACCCAAAUCCCACUUCUCCCGCUUCCUUCCACGGGCAAAGAGCAUCAGGCGGAAGAUUAGAUUAUAAGGGUUUAAUAGUAUUAUAAUACAAUCAAACAUGUACAUAUUGUAGAGUCUGUGACACUGUCUCGUUCCCCUUUUCUUUCAGUCUAGAUUAUAACUGGUACUUGCUGCAUUUAGCACGGUCUCUUCCUGUUUUUACUAUCAAUUUCUUCACUGCCUUAUAAAAGUAUUUUAGAAUGUGCUUGUAACAAUUAUUUUCACUUCUUCAUGUUGUGUUAUCCUAAUAAAUGCAAGGUCUUAUGAGUUCAAUAUUCUACAGCAAAUAAAACCUUUAUGCCUCACAUACUGGCAAUCUUACUGCAUUUACUGAGUGAGCAGCAUUUAUCACUAUUCUGUAUAUGAAGACCACAGCAACAUGACACUUCUAAAGACAAAUCUUGCAUCUUAGAAUAUAACAUUUGCAGUAUAUACAAAAGAUGUCCUCUGUAAGACCUUGCUGUACACUAGCUAGUGUGUGGGCAAAACCAUGUGAAUCAGUUAAACAAGGAAUGAACUCAGGGUAACCUUUAUGUAACAUGAUCUAGCUGGUACAAAGAAAUGCCUCAAUCUACACUUACAUACAUAUAUUUUGUCCUGCAGAUUCACUUUGCAAACUUUCUUGUUUUUAAACCAUAGAUAUUCAAGUAUUUGAUUCUUGAAAAGAGAAGAGGGAACAAAAUUCUAUUUCAACAGAGUCACUUCAAGACAGUGUCCUUCUAUGUACAGUACACCGCAAAACAGUCACAUCCACAUUAGCACCUACACACUAUACCUCACACUCAGUUGACCGUCUCAACCCUACCUAUUCAGAAGUUACCAACUUGUACUGUGAAUUGUGUGUGUGACAAGUUCAGAACGAGUUUUAGUUACUGGUGAUGGAAAGUUUUUAAGUUGUCUCACAUACAAAACUGAAAUGUCUCCAACCAUAUUUGUGUGUAUAUACUGUUAUGUUGGCCAGUUCUAAUUGUGACGUGAAAAAGUUAAGCAAAAGCAUCAUAUACAGAACUUUUCCCAUGUAAAAUCAAACUGUCUGGUAAAUAAUGGUGUUGACAACAUAGUAGAUCAUUUAUAUUUUUUAGAUUUAUAUAAACUUAAAAUAAAUAAUUUUUUUGUA